AGUACCGACCCUGAAGUCGUGAGGACCUGUGAAGCCGAUAGUCACUGGGCAGUACUUGGAGCAUCAGCAUAUCUCGCUUCUGGAGUUUGACCAACAUGACGACUAUAGCCGGAUCUCAUCUGACACAAGAAGUGAGAGAGAAUGGGAAGUAUUCUCCCCGUACCUACAAGUGCAGCUAUUGCGACAAGGAGUUUCGCUUCAAAAGUAAGCUCAACCAACACCUGCGAACUCACACUGGUGAGAGACCAUACCAGUGUGGUGAAUGCGGCAAGCGGUUUGCUCAACUGGGAAAUCUGAAGACACACAUUCGGACUCACACAGAGGAAAAACCGUACCGAUGUCAGGAGUGCAGCAAGCAGUUCAGCUACCUGAGUUAUCUAAAACGACACAUUCGGACUCAUUCUGGUGAAAAACCGUACAAGUGUGAACAUUGCAACAAAAGCUUCAGUCGGUCAACUCAUCUGAAGACUCACAUGCGGACUCACACAGGGGAAACCCCGUACAGAUGCGAGGAGUGCAGCAAAAAUUUCGCUAAUUUGUCAAAUCUAAAGGAUCACAUGCGAACCCACACUGGUGAAAAGCCGUACAAGUGUGAACAUUGCAACAAAGACUUCAGUAAGUCAAGUGAUCUAAAGAGGCACAUGCGGACUCACACAGGCGAGAAACCUUACAAGUGCGAGGCUUGCAGCAAGCAGUUUAGUCAGCUGGAUACUUUGAAGACACACAUCCGAACCCACACAGGCGAGAACCCGUACAAGUGUGAACAAUGCAGCAAGCAGUAUGCUGAUCUAUCAAAUCUAAGGCGCCAUAUGCGGACUCACACAGGUGAAAAACCUUACAAGUGCGAGGCGUGCAGCAAGCAUUUUACUCAGCUAUCAAAUCUUAAGAGGCAUAUGCGGACUCACACUGGUGAAAAGUGCAGCAUACACUCACAGUUUAUUUACGAUAGGAUCUGGAGUUUGACCAACAUGGCGACUGGGGCCGGAUGUCAUCUGAAAGGAGAGGAUGGGCAGGAUUCUCCCCGUACCCACAAGUGCAGCCAUUGCGACAAGGAGUUUCUCCUCAAAUGCAGACUCACUCAACACCUGCGAACUCACACUGGUGAGAGACCAUACCAGUGUAAUGAAUGCGGGAAACGGUUUAGUCAGGUAGGUCAUCUGAAGGGCCACAUGAGAACUCACACCGGUGAGAAACCGCACAAGUGUGAAUAUUGCAACAAAUGCUUCAGUCAGUCAACUCAUCUGAAGACUCACGUGCGGACUCACACAGGUGAAACCCCGUACAGGUGUGAGGAGUGCAGCAAACAGUUCACUACGUUGUCAAAGCUGAAGAUUCACAUGCGAACUCACACAGGUGAGAAACCGUACAAGUGUGAGGCGUGCAGCAAGCAGUUCAGUGAUCUGUCUACACUGAAGCAACAUUUGCGGACUCACACUGGUGAAAAGCCGUACAAGUGUGAGGAGUGUAGCAAACAGUUCACUUCAUUGUCAAAUCUAAAGACUCACAUGAGGACUCACACAGGUGAGAAACCGUACAAGUGUGAGGCGUGCAGCAAGCAGUUCAGUGAUCUGUCUACACUGAAGCAACAUUUGCGGACUCACACUGGUGAAAAGCCGUACAAGUGUGAGGAGUGUAGCAAACAGUUCACUUCAUUGUCAAAUCUAAAGACCCACAUGCGGACUCACACGGGUGAGAAACCUUACAAGUGCGAGGCGUGCAGCAAACAUUUUAGUCAGCUGCCACAUCUUAAGAGCCAUAUGCGGACUCACACUGGCGAAAAAUCAUGGGGGUCUGUGUCGUCGUCAAACGACGGUGAACCAGUACUUCAGAGCGUCCGUGCAUCUGCGAUCUGGAGUUUGAUCAACAUGGCCACUGGAGCCGGAUCUCAUCUGAAACAACGUGAGGGAGAGGAUGGACAGGAUUCUCCCCGUACCCACAAGUGCAGCCAUUGCGACAAGGAGUUUCGCUUCAAAAGUCAGCUCAACCAACACCUGCGUACCCACACUGGAGAGCGCCCAUACCAGUGUGGUGAAUAUCUGAAGGUACAUGUACGGACUCACACGGGUGAAAAACCUUACAAGUGCGAGGCGUGCAGCAAGCAUUUUACCCACCUGUCAAAUCUUAAGAGCCAUAUGCGGACUCACACUGGUGAGAAACCGUACAGUUGUGAAGUGUGCAACAAGCAGUUCUCUACGCUUUCAGAUCUAAAAGUACAUGUGCGGACUCACACAGGAGAAAAACCUUACAAGUGUGAGGCGUGCAGCAAGCAUUUUACUCAGCCGUCACAUCUUAAGAGCCAUAUGCGGACUCACACUGAUGAGAAACCGUACAGUUGUGAAGUGUGCAACAAGCAGUUCUCCACGCUGUCAUAUCUAAAGAUACAUGUGCGGACUCACACAGGAGAAAAACCUUACAAGUGUGAGGCGUGCAGCAAGCAUUUUACUCAGCUGUCACAUCUUAAGGGCCAUAUGCGGACUCACACUGUUGAAGAAGUAAUUUGGAUUUUGACCAACAUGGCGACUGGUGUCAGAUCUCAUCUGACACAAAGGGAGGUGGAGGAUGGACAGGAUUCCCCCCGUACCCACAAGUGCAGCCAUUGUGACAAGGAGUUUCGCUUCAAAAGUUUUCUCAAUCGACACCGUCGAACUCACACGGGUGAGAGACCAUACCAGUGUGGCGAAUGCGGGAAACGGUUUAGUCGGCUAUCUCAUCUGAAGGGCCACAUGAGAACUCACACAGGUGAGAAACCGUACCCAUGUGAGGAAUGCAGCAGACAGUUCAGUAGUUUGACCAAUUUGAAAGUGCAUGUGCGAACUCACACUGGUGAAAAGCCGUACAAGUGUGAGGAGUGCAACAAGCAGUUCAUUGACCUGUCUACUCUAAAGGCACACAUGAGGACUCACACAGGUGAGAAGCCGUUCAGGUGUGUCGAGUGCAACAAGCAUUUCAGUCAGCUACAACAUCUUAAGAAACACACGCGGACUCACACGGGUGAAAAACCGUACAAGUGUGAGGAGUGCAGCAAGCGGUUCACUACGCUGUCAUAUCUAAAAAUACAUGUGCGGACUCACAUGGGUGUAAAAACGUACAAGUGCGAGGCAUGCAGCAAGCAUUUUACUCAGCUAUCACAUCUUAAGAAGCAUAUACGGACCCACACUGGUGAAAACGUGUGAGCAGUGCAGCCGAUAUGAAGUAUAUGACAGUAUAUGAAGUUGUCGAAUCUGAAGAGGCAUGUAGAGGUAUGCAGAAUCACUCAGGUAAUGACCGCAUCAACAGCGUGUGAAUAAAAACAGAAGUAUCAGAAGUUUGUUGCCAAGUGAUGAGAAAUGGUUUUAUCCGUGAAAUGCGGCAUAAACAUGGGACUGGAUGGGAAAAUGUCCAGUAUGUUUCACUGACAUCGAUAUGCUAUUAGGAAGUAUGUUGAAUUCCUUCAUUUUAAUGUGCCACGACUCUUAACUGUUGUCACUCCGAUCCGCUACAUCGUUAAAAAUAUUAUAAGGUUUGAAAGAAAUAGGGUGUCAACUUCUUAAACAGGAAUGUUACUGUGCAACUUUUACUUACCUAAAGUAUGUUACUGAACAUAUACUGAUUUUGAUAAUGUAAUAUACUUAUUGAGUGUGCCCCUACUGAAAAGGUAACGAUAGCUUUAUAGAGAAUCUGUUUCGUCGUAGAAAUCAUUAUUCAAUGAUAUGAUCCGUAGUUUAGUGAUUGUAAUUGUUCAUUUAACGUUGUGUAACACUUAUUUAUAACAGUUACCGUGUUUUGUCCGUUUAAGCUGCUGGUGUAAUUGUCACUUUACUGAUGAUUUGACUGACUGUAAAUGUAGCUAAGCGUUUAGUAUCAGUUGUAGCCAACAUUUAACUGUAUAUGCAUCAAGGUGUUGCUAAAUAGUAUUUGCGCUGCAGGGCAAAUUUCGGUAUUUAGACUGCCUAUUAACAAUGGGAAUCAUGGCAGAAAGAGGCUAUCAAAAAUCACCUACCUGAGUUUUAGAACAUGAAAAACAUUUCUACAGCCACUUUUGCCAAAGCUACCUAAUCAUUCUGAUUCAGAUCUGAGGCUGAAACUGGGUCAUCUGCGCAAGUCCGGAAAUACCGAAAUUUGCCCUACUAGUGUGUAGUAGGCUGCUAGAGGUUUGUAAAAUUUCCGUAAUCCAGUUUCGUCAAUAAAUUAAAACACGACAUUGCUCUUUG